CAGGGCAGGUGUGGGUCGGCCAUCCGGCUCGCAUGGUGGCGGUGUCAUAUAAGCAUGCAUACUCUCCAGUUUUUGAAAUGGCUUAAUAAGGCUAAACGCAAUAUCAGCUCGUAUAAGCUUAGCGGUUUGCACAGGCCAUUCUCCUCAGCCGCAAAGAUCCCUCCUCGUCCUUGCUGCACACCAGUAUCUUUCUCACGCUGCCUUUCUCACAGUAUCUUGUUGAUACCCUGCACACAGCUCUAUAUAUCGCUCUCUCAUUUGUCAUGCAUCUUGUGCGCCUUGAAGAUGAUGGCGAGUUCAGCCUUGUCAGGGUCCUAGGCAACAGCGUUCCAGCCUAUGCAAUAUUGUCACAUACUUGGGGAACAAAGGAAGAAGAAGAAGUCACAUACCAAGAUCUACAGCAAGCAAAAGGUAAAGAGAAGAAGGGUUACUGUAAACUCACCUUUUGUGGGGAACAAGCUGCCAAGAAUGGACUGAGACACUUCUGGAUUGAUACCUGCUGCAUCGACAAGUCAAGUAGUGCUGAGCUCUCCGAAGCAAUCACGUCUAUGUUUCGCUGGUAUCAGAACUCGGCCCAGUGCUACGUUUACCUAUCAGACGUCUCAACAAGUAAACGAAAAGCGGAUCACGACCAAUUUAGCAAUACUUGGGAGCCGGCUUUCCGAACAAGCAGAUGGUUCACACGCGGCUGGACCCUUCAAGAACUUAUUGCUCCCCAUCGAGUAACAUUUUUUUCCAAAGAAGGCAAUUACUUAGGCAACAAAUCAAGCCUGGAGCAAUUGAUCCAUGACAUCACCUUCGUUCCUAUACCUGCUCUCCGCAACGCUCCCCUAGAGGAAUUUAAUGUGGAGCAGCGCAUAUCAUGGAUCGGUGAUCGGCAGACCACGCGCGAAGAGGACAUGGCUUAUUCCAUGCUAGGUAUUGUAGGGGUUAGUAUGCUGCCAAUAUACGGAGAAGGAAAGGACAGGGCACUUAGGCGUCUUCGGAGAGAGAUAAGAGAAACCUCAAGUGAAUCGAUGCCUACACUGAAUGAGGAGCAGAAAAGGAGCCUCCUAGAGUCUUUAAGAUUUGAACAGAUCGAUGCGCGCCAGGUGACGAUUAAGAACGCUCACGCUAAGACAUGCAAAUGGCUCCUGAAGUGUCGGCAGUAUCUCGACUGGCUCGAUGAGUCCAAGCUAGACGAACACUACGGCUUUUUAUGGAUUAAAGGAAAGGCUGGCGCCGGCAAGUCGACGUUAAUGAAGUUCGCCUUCCUUAAUGCCCGUAAGAAGAUGAAGAAGCAUAUCAUACUGUCCUUCUUCUUCAAUGCACGUGGAGAAGAUAUGGAGAAGUCUACAAUUGGAGCAUAUCGAUCGCUGCUGUUACAGCUUCUCGAACGUCUUCCCGUGCUCCAGAGCACCUUCGACCUGCUCGGCAUAUCAGCAUCGAGCUUCAGCACAGACCAUCAGUGGAGCGUUGAGUUGCUCAAAAUGCUGCUGGAACAAGCUCUGCAAGAACUUGAAGAGACUCGCGUAGUGUGCUUCAUCGACGCACUAGACGAAUGCGAUGAAGAACAAGUUCGGGACAUGCUCCAAUUCUUCGAGCGUAUCGGCGAGAUUGCUGUGUCAGCCAACAUCCGGUUCCAGGUCUGCUUCUCAAGUAGACACUACCCACACAUCACGAUCCGGAAGGGCCUUGAAUUGGUGCUAGAAGGACAAGAAGGUCACACUCAAGAUAUCGCUAACUACGUCGAGACUGAGCUGAAGAUUGGACAGAGCAAGAUCGCUCAGCAGAUACGUUUGGAACUUGAGGAGAAGGCAUCAGGUAUCUUCAUGUGGGUUGUUCUUGUCAUAGGCAUCUUGAAUAAAGAAUGGGAUCGCGGCCAAAUCCAUGCGCUCCAGCGGAAGCUGCAGGAGAUUCCCAACGACUUACACGAGCUCUUUCGCGACAUCUUGACACGUGACUCGUACAACAAGGAUGGCCUGGUGCUAUGCAUCCAAUGGGUACUCUUCGCGAAGCAGCCGCUAAGUCCGGAGCAGUUCUAUCAUGCCAUGCUUUCAGGCGUCGAUCCGGAUGCAGUGUCGGCAUGGGAUUCCGAGGAGAUCACCAAAGAUGUGCUAAAGCGCUUCAUUCUCGACUGCUCGAAAGGUCUCAUCGAGAUGACCAUGUCCAAGAAACAGAAGGUCCAGUUCAUACAUGAGUCAGUGCGAGACUUCCUGAUCAAAGAGAAAGGACUCAGUAAAAUCUGGCCCGAGCUCGGGAGCAAUUUUCAAGGCCAGAGCCAUGAGCGACUAAAGCAGUGCUGCUGCUCAUACAUAAAAAUCGACGUUGCGACAUCUUUAAACAUCCCUGGUAGCCUUCCAAAGGCUUCUUCGCAUCAAGCAGCGAGCAUGCGCACAUUGGCGAUGCAAAGAUUCCCAUUGCUAGAGUACGCUGUACGCAACGUGCUGCAUCAUGCAGAUGUAGCAGAAGGCAGUGGUGUUUCCCAGGAACGCUUUGUCGAAAGCUUUCCACCUCCUCAAUGGGUCAAGCUAGACAACCUAUUCGAGAAGCACGAAGUGCGUAGACAUUCAGAACGCGUUAGUUGUCUAUAUCUGCUUGCCGAGCUUAACAUGGCCAAUCUCAUCAAAGUCUGCCGGUUAGUUGAUCAAUGCAUGACAGUCGAGGUUGAACGCUACGGCUGCCCUCUCUUCGCGGCGGCUGCCACUGGCAGUAAGGAGGCGCUUGAGCUGUGUAUAAAGUCUACCAUAACGGACCAAGCUACCAGAAUACUUCUUCAUGGGGCGGACGAACCCAAGUCCCAACGAGAGCUGGCCCAGCGCACCGCAAGACGAGACUUUGUUUACAUGAAAAGCAAAGGAUUCCUGAUGAAUGCAGCAGAACUGGGGCACGACAUUGUUCUUACAUAUUUGUUGAACUCAGAGAACUACGAGAUGCAUUUAAAGGACUCAAGAGAUAGGACUGUGUUGUGGUGGGCUUCUAAGAACGGAUGUAAGCACGCGGUGAGUUCGUUACUCGUCGCAAGUUCUGCUACAGUCAACAGCAAGGACAAAGACAACAAAACGCCAUUGUACGUUGCAGCGGAGACCGGAAACUACGCAGUAGUUGCAGUACUCCUCAGCAAGGGUGCCGACGUCAACGCGCAGGGUGGAUUCUACGGCAACGCACUCCAGGCUGCUUCAUGGAGAGGCCACGAGGGGAUUGUGAAGGUGCUGCUCGACAACGGCGCUGAGGUCAACGCGCAGGGUGGAAAGUAUGACAACUCACUCUACGCGGCUUCAUGGGAAGGCCACGAGGCGGUUGUGAAGGUGCUGCUCGACAACGGCGCUGAGGUCAACGCGGAGGGGUGGAUUCUACGGCAACGCACUCCAGGCGGCUUCAGAAGGAGGCCACGAGGCGCUUGUGAAGCUGCUGCUCGACAAGGGCGCCGAGGUCAACGCGCAGGGUGGAUGACUACGGCAACGCACUCCAGGCGGCUUCAGAAGGAGGCCACGAGGCGGUUGUGAAGCUAUUACGCAGUAAGGGUGCAACUUGACCUCUGGAAUAGUACACUCUAUAUAUGUUUGCUAGUGUCGCACUUGUGCAUGCGUGGGGUGGUUGUUCACGUUAAACGAGUGAAUGUAGUAUAUUGUGUGU